AUGAGCCAAGUUUCACGAACAAGCCGCUGGGAUGAUUUCGUCCUCUUAGCUGUUGUCCCCCUCGGCACCACGGGGAGGUUACAAUGGAGUGCUCGCAACCUUGCUCGGCGUUUCCAAAAGAGAGGCUGGGACCUCGAGUUUCAGACACUUGACCUUGAGACUGGUCAAGCUUCCGAUGGCCAGUGUUUUCUAGAGCCGCGCCCCCAGAGUCAAGUUGAGCAGUGGCUCAAUGCUACACAACCAUGGCUGGAUGACUUCAAUACGGCCAAAGACCUCCCAUUCACCCUCGCAGAUGAAGUCCUGAAGGACAACCGGUUUAACAACGGCACGGAUAUGCUAAUGAUUCGAUUUGGAAUCGACGACGAUCUGCAAUACUACGGAAAGCCGAUUUCUAAGACGGAGUUCCGGCACGGCAAGGAUCCCAGAGACGCCUCUGUACCUCACACCCUCGCCGUCAUCGCCACCAUGACUCCGGCGGCCCCGAACAAAAUCUCGACGCCUGAGAUUGCAGCUUUAGUCGCCCUUGCAAGUGAUAUCGUGGUCGACCCCAAGUUUCAUCAACACACAAUCAUUCCAACUAUACGUUACCAUCGAGCCUGUCCUGGACUUUUCUACUUUUCUGACGUCGCUGGAAAACCGCAGCAAAUUUUACCAGCUACUUGGGUGGCUUGCCGCCGAGCCGACGGGGAACACAAUGCAGUAGAUGUCACGUUCAUCGUCGCCCAAUCAGCUGUUUUUGGUUUUGUUGGAGAUUUUUGA